AUUUUGCAAAAGUGACUUUAUGAUUUUGAGAUCCAUCAAUUCACACUGAGGACAACUGAGGGACUCAAAUGAACAUAAGGUUCAAAUGCUCACCGAUGCUACAGAAAGAAAAAAAGGGGGUCAUUUUGUCUUAUGAGAAAAAUGUAACUAUCUUCUGUAGCCUCUGAAGGGCAGUACUAAAUAAAUAAAUAAGAAUAUUUAGGCAAAAUAAGUAAAAUGUACACAUCUCCAUUCUGCUCAAAAGUUUUCCACUUCUCUGUCAUUUUCCUCCACUGCUGCUGGUCAAAGGAAACGCCCAACGGACAGGAAGAAUUGAUUUAAAAUAUAAGACUAAAGAAAAUAUUUCAGUUGCAUAGCCUACUGCAUCUAUAUCUUAUAUAAAACCUUUAUAUAAAAUACCUAACGUCUGUUCUGUUCGCAGGGUUCGAGUCAAGCAAUUUCGCCCCAGCAACAUGAGCGCAUUCAGCCCGUUCUCUUCAGUCAAAUAACACGACUUUAUACUUUCCAAACGUCCGAUAACUUUACCAAAAAUGACCCGAAACAGGCGGGAAGGGAUAUUUUUGAAAAUAUGACUGCAAAUUAUUGUUUCUUCGCGGAGUUCGCGCGUUAUGCAUAAUGUCUUUUUGCGGACAAGCGAUGCGGGAGUCGUAAACGAAGUGUGCACACAGACGACACAGGUAUUUACUUAACACAAAAUAUUUCUGUUGGCAUGAAACGUUAACCAUGGACAUAUAUCUGGGAUUAUUAACAGAUGCGAUUCGAAUACAAUAAGGCCUAUACAACAAGUAUUGCAAUAAUUAAUAUUUAGGUCCACACACAGGAGAAUCUGAGAAACAACAGCUAAAGUGUUACAUUUGGAUAGGAAUUACGUUCUUUAUAAUGUUGCGUCACGUGUUAAUUAAAGUUCAAAGACUGUUUAAUUUUGUUAGCUCUGAAUGAUGCACAUUAAGUUAUAGUAGCUAAUGCUAAUAAAAAAGUAUAUUAUAACAUUUAGCACACAACAUAAUCAUGUUAUAACACAAAGCGAAUUAUAUCAUGCUCAUAUAAAGCCCCUGUAUUCAGAUUUCAAACAGACAUUUGCAAUAUUAAUAAUGUCUCGUCUGUCCGCUGAUGUCUAAUGCUUGCUCAUUAAGAUUAAUAUAAUUAUUUCACGCUUUACAUUAAACAGGUAAAAUUCGCGACUUUAAAGAACUAAUUUACCUGGCUGUUCAUGAAGUUUGCGUUGUAAGUGUAACGUACAAUACAAAGAGACUUUCCUAUUAAUUUAAAAUCCCAAAAAUGGCUUCGGGGAGAGCUUUACUGUUUACUCAAUAGCAAUCAAUGGUUGCCAGGGCAACUCUGACACGUCACUAUGGAAUGUUCGUGGAUGACGUCACUUUGGGCCGCUAUAAAAGCUGAUUUGGAAUUGGAAAAUUUUAUUUCAUCGUCGCUUGUUAUGCGAGUAAUAUCACUGAGUGAAUAUCUGUCUGAACGAGUACGAAAAUCUUGCUUAAUCGUCUUUUCAAAAAAGACCAGAAAUUCAGUUCGAAAAUAUCAAACGGCUCAAGAGCGAUCUCUCUCAGAACUGUGUAAACGAGAACUGUUGAAAAUCUCUGUAGAACAAGAGUUCUCCUUUAGGAUCAGAGAUGGCUUUUAACAAGAAUACAUCUUUUUCAUCAUCAUCUUCAUCGUCCUCAGUUGUGGAUGAAAUGUCAGAGAUGUCGCUGAGGAACACAUCUCUGGACUCAUCCGAUGAGGAUGUUUCCUCCAGUCACUGUACUGACAGGCUUGUGAAACAUCAACUGCUGAUGAACAAAUUCCUGGACCUUCAGUACAGAGCCCGAGAGCGCCAGGAGGAGUUUCAGUCACUGCUGGAGCGAUUUAACUAUAUACAGGAAUCGCUAGAAUGGGAGAUUGAAAAAGUGGAGAAAUCCAUGUUCAGCAUGGAGUGGCUGGAGGACUUGCAGAAGAUCAUUGAUGAGUUCCAGGCCAAUAUGGCAAACAAUGUGAGCCGCCUUCGAGAGAGCUUCAGAAAAAUGCAGGAGGUUGCCUCGAAAAAAGUUCUGACCGUGAAGGCAAAAGGUAAACCAGGAAAAGAUCUGGAUGCCAAAGUAGUUAAAAGCAUUCAGUCUCUGCCGACUUGUCCCACGGUAGCAGAAUUGAAGGCAAAUUCAACCGCUGCAUCAACGUACUCAUCAAAUCUGAUCAUCGCCUUGAAUAGCAUCACCAAAUCAUCCUCCUGCAGUCCAGCCACAAGCAAGGCACUAAAACUAUCAGCAGCGACCAUUGAAAACCUCAACAAGGCAUUUCAAGAUCACUGCUUGGAAAUUAAGACUCUCAAGACACCUAAAAAAAAAAGCAAGGUGGUUCAAGAUGUGAACAGAGACGUCUUAGUUUCUCCCGUGCACCAAAGCGGAUCUGCAGGUCAGCAGCAGAAGGUGAAAAAACUGCCUGCCUUUCCUGUGAAACCCAAGGCAGAUGAUUUUGGUUUCCCUCAGGUCAAAGAGCUUGUACGGGAGACAAAUGUUGAAGUGUUGCCACUAGAUAGACCAGUGAUAACAUUAGACACAGCUCCAAAAGACCUCCAGAGUCCGUCUGCUGAUGACCCGUCUCCUCCUGGCCUUGCCAGGACUUUUGCUUUCCCCAAGAUCACACGAUCUGUCGAGGAGACAAAAGUUUCCACAGAGCAAAAGGCAAAUGUCAAAUCAUCUGAAGAGACACAAGCUGAUGCAGAGACGAUGGAGAGAACAGAGACAUCAUUUGAUGAGACGAUGGCUCAGAAAAACCUUAAGUGUCCAUUUCCUCCUAGCUUCCAACGUCCGUCCCCCGUCAGAUCUUCUGCUCUUCCUCAGAUUUUGCAGUCUGUGGAGGAACCAGAAGUUGAUACGGAGACAAUGGAGAGAACAGAGACACCAUUUGAAGAGACAAUGGUUCAGGAAGACCACCAAAGUCCAUUUCCUCAUGCCUUCCAUCAUCCAUCCCCCGUCAGAUCUUCUGCUCUUCCUCAGAUUUUGCAGUCUGUGGAGGAACCAGAAGUUGAUACAGAGACAAUGGAGAGAACAGAGACACCUUUUGAAGAGACAAUGGUUCAGGAAGACCACCAAAGUCCAUUUCCUCAUAGCUUCCGUCCUCCAUCCCUUGUCAGAUCUUUUGCUCUUUCUCAGAUUUCACAGUCUGUAGAGGAGACAAAAGUUUGUGCUAUGUCAGCGGUAGAACGUCAAAGUCUGUCUUCUGUCCACACCCAUCCUUCCUCGUCUGUAAAACUGCCCAAAAUUCAGACUCAAGCAAAGCCGUCACUUCAGAAGUCUGAGAAACCUGAGACUCACAAAUAUGAUUCCGCAGUCUCGGGCAGCAUUGAGGAGCAGUACAUGAAGAACAGCGAGGAGGACGGAGACAAACUGCUUCAUGCUAGCAUGAAAGACCCAUCGUUCAUAAUUGACAUCAAAGCUCAAGAAAACAACCUCCAGCAGCUGGAUCGAGCUUUUCAAAAUAACAACAUUUCCUCUGAAAUGUACAACCUGUGCAGAGGAACCGUCAAUCAGACACUUAAGAGUGUUGAGCUGCGUCUUGGAUGUCUUUUACGGAGAUACAUCAAACAUGUCCAAAUGAAGCAAUUAAGGAAGACGCUCGAUGGAAAUUUCAAGGCCACCAGAAAUUUAAGGGAUGGACUGGAGUUCAAAAAAGUCCAUUCUCAGCUCUGCAAGUUUGACCAUUUCCAGCAGAGUGUGAACAAAAUCUGGGACGCCAAGCAAGCCUCCACUGAUGAGACGCGAGAACUCUGCAUCGCACGGACGGCCCAUUUAUACCAGCAGGUGAACGCGGUGCAUGGCCUACAUCUGACAGGCAUAUCAUUUGUGCAAAGGCUUGUAUCACUGCCUCUGCUCACUGUGACACCCGUGCGGUUCAGCUCCAAUUUGUGUCCAUCUCCUCCUCGUGGACCACGAACUUCACCCAGCAGAGCCAGUCCAGCACGCCAUCCUCAAAUCCACCCCAAACCUCUGCACCACACGACCAGGAACACACCAGGCAGUUUCCUGAAGAUCAGUCACAUUCAAUAAUGAUGGCCAGUGUCAACAUAAUGGCUUGUAUCUGAACCCAAGAACAGAUUAUUGAAAUGUCACAAAAUUAAAACAAAAGCGAGGACGCAUCAGGAACAGACUCUGGAAAAACAGAAGCACCGGCCUGUAGACAUAGGAAGAUGAAUAUAAAUAUAAAGAUUGGUUAACCCAUAUUAGUGAUUUCAAGCUUCGCCAGAGUCAAAUAGCCAAUGUUAUAUUAAGGAAGAGCUAUGUCUUAAUCAGUGUAUAUUUUUGUUUAAGCUUAUAUUGUAAUAAAUGUGUGAAAAAAUGAAUAAUAAAAAUGAUAAAUAAUAAAGAUA